AUCCAUCUCAUUUAGUAAAGCUUAAGCACAUAAAGCAUUCACUGUGAAGAAAAUAACAUUUUGAGACAUUAACCUGUUCCAAGUGACAGAGGAAAAACCAAUACAGAAGUGCACUCUCAUGUGUACCUCCUUGUACUGCUGAUAACUCAGCUUAGUAAUGAAGCCACCAUUAUGUCCUCAGUCAGUGAAGUAAAUAUUGAUAUCAGAGAUUUCCUAAUGAGCAUUAAUUUGGAGCAGUAUCUCCUACGCUUCCGUGAGUUUGGUUUUGAUACUGUGAAGGACUGUGCGGCAGUCGAUGACAGCGUGCUGCACAAAAUUGGAAUAUCACCUACAGGACACCGGAGGAGGAUACUGAAACAGUUGCAGAUAAUCUUGUCAAAAAUGCAAGAUAUCCCAAUAUAUGCAAAUGUUCAUAAAACAAAGAAGGAUGAUGAGACUUCAAAGGAUCACCAUGUACCCUCCUCUGAUGGGAGUAACUCUGUAGACCUUUCAGAUGCAGGUGGUGUUCAGGCACCCAGCCCAACGCAGUGGGAGACUGUUACCAAAACUCUUGAUCGAAAUGAUGUUAGUGUAGAAAAUAGCCAGUCUCUUAAAUCAGAUGAUAAGCUGUCUCUUCCUAAACACAACUUUCCCCCUCCAGAAGAAGAACCACACCCGAGUUUGAAUUCUUUUCAGCACACUUUAUUUGGUAGUGAAAAUAUUAAAGGAGAAUCUUUGAUUACAGAGAAAAUUAUGGAUUGUGCAAUCGAAGAGCAACAAACAAACAGAGCUGAUUUGAUCUCAGAAAAUAUGAGCCAGCUUCCUGAUGCAGACUCUGGAUGCCUUUCUCCCCUUGGCUGCUCCGUAUCAGAGGCAAAUUCUGGAAAUGGAACUAAUGCUUUAUUAGAAAGAUCACUGCCCUCCCCAUUCUUUCAAUUUCAAGGAGAGAUGGUUGUAAAUGAUUUGUAUGUUCCAUCGUCACCAAGUCUAGUGCCCAUGAGAAGACGUAGCAAGUUGGUUUCAAGACCAUCUAGAUCUUUUCUGCUAAGACACCGUCCUGUACCAGAGAUUCCAGGGUCUACAAAAGGAAUUUCAGGGAGCUAUUUCCGUGAGAGAAGAAAUGUUGCUACCUCAACUGGAAAGUCUGUGACACAGGAAAAUUCAAAUGAGGAAAAUUCAACUUCCAUUUUUCCUUAUGGAGAGACCUUUCUCCUCCAGAGACUAGAAAAUUCCAAGAAGAGAUCUAUCAAGAAUGAAUUUUGGACCCAUGAAGAAACAUUGAAAGGGGAAUCAACGACUGAAAAAAACUGUUUUCUUGUGAAGUCAAGCAUAUAUGAUAACAGGAAGGAGAAUAUACGUGAAGACAAAGUGGAAGAUAUUUGGAUACCUCGAGAGGACAAAAUUAAUUUUCCAGUAGACUCUGCUUCAGAAUCAGAAUAUUCAACAGUAGAAGAAUGCUUUCAGAGUUUAAGAAGAAAAAAUUCAAAGGCAUCUAAAUCUAGGACUCAAAAAGCAUUGAAUUUGGACCCUGUUAAUAGGCACAGUUAUCCGUUAAGCUCAACAAGUGGAAAUACUGAGUCCUCGAUCAUUUCCUCAAGUGCAAUAUCUCCCUAUGCCUGUUUUUAUGGGUCCUCAGCAAGGAAGGUUAAAUCUGGAUGGCUAGACAAACUCUCACCUCAAGGAAAACGCAUGUUUCAGAAGAGAUGGGUGAAAUUUGAUGGCCUUAGCAUUUCUUAUUACAAUAAUGAGAAGGAGAAGUAUUCAAAAGGAAUAAUUCCUCUUUCUGCUAUAUCUACGGUCCGAGUUCAAGGAGACAACAAAUUUGAAGUUGUUACAACACAAAGAACUUUUGUUUUUAGAGUAGAAAAAGAAGAGGAGAGAAAUGACUGGGUCAGCAUACUGUUAAAUGCACUGAAAUCGCAGUCCCCUGCCUUACAGUCUCAAGCAGCUGCUGCACCUGAGAAAUGUGGAUAUCUUGAACUGAGAGGGUACAAAGCCAAAAUUUUUACUGUGUUAAGUGGAAACAGCGUGUGGCUUUGCAAAAACGAACAGGUGAGGAGCUAUGUUACAGCAACUGGAAUUUGUGGUUCCUUGAUUGUAUUAACAACUAUGCUUCGUUAG